AUGAAUCUCUUUCAGCGUCUUGCGAUUGUGACAACUCUUGUCAACACGUUGACAACUGCCUUUGUGAAUUAUGGCUCGAUUGCACCUAAAUCAUACCUACAGCAAUCCACGCCUUCAUCAUCUGGCUUGCAGCCAUGGACGAAUGCUACCCUGAUUCUAUCGCCAGCCAGCCCGCUUGUUACACUCGACUAUGGUACCGAAGUAGCUGGCUUCCCGUUCUUCUAUGUUUCAUCAAAUUCUGGAACAGUACAAAUCGAAGUAAAGUACAGCGAAGAAUACCGCGGCGUGGAAGAGCCAUUCUCAGAUGGGCCUUGGACAUUCUCGAACGGACUAUCCAACUCUUUCCGAGUAGAAACUUUCAACGUCACGAACACGGGAUACAUUGAGAGCUUCUUCGUUCAAGGAGGCCAGCGAUGGCAGACCGCACGGUUGAUCACGAAUGGCUCCGUCACCAUCGACAAUCUAGGAUUUCGUGCAACAAGCUCGAACUUGUACGCCGAAAUGCUACCAGGCCGCUUACAGACAUCCGAUAAGACUUUAAAUCGCGUCCUAGACCUCGGAGGUCGCGUCGCUCAAGUAGCAUGCAUAGAUGCUGGUAAUGCACCAUCUACGUGGGAGAUCACAAAAGAAGGAGCAUAUAUUCGGGGCCAAACCAGUGCGCAAUCUUCUCUAGGAGUCGACGCAGUCAAUUACACACUCGAAUUCGACGUAAAGAUCGCCCGCGGCGGCGCUGGCUGGAGAGUAGCAAGUGCAAUGCAACCACUCGGGCCUUACUUCGUGCUUACAUCCGAAUACCCUGAGCGGGAUACCUUCGCAAACACAAACCGGACCCUCUUACCUUCAAACACACUGGCGUUCACUAGUGGAUGGAGUCUAGUAAACCAGAGCACACUAGCUGUGCCAGAAGCCCAGUACUUCACUAUCAACACAACCAUCAAGGAAAACACGUGGUAUCGCAUGAGCACAUCGAUUGAGGAGACUGGAUAUCGGGUGGGCCUAAACGGAACCGAUAUUGCGUUCGUACCUUUACCUCCACCAGCAGCCCCAGGGAACUUUGGCACUCCCUCUCGAUACCAAGGUACAUGGGGCUUCGGCGGCAUGCAGGACCAGAUCGCGUAUUACAAAGACGUGACUGUCACUGCUGGAAACGGCACCAUUAUAUAUCGCAAUCCCCUGACAAGCGAAGAUACCUUGGCCGAGUAUCAAGUCGCACCUCUCGAACACUCAGUCUGCCUUGAUGGUGCCAAACGGGAUCGACUGGUCUGGACAGGAGACUUCUAUCACACUGUGCGUGUCGUCUCAACUUCGACUGCUCGAUUUGACUACCUCUUGGGCACUAUUGUAUACGCGCUAAGCUUUCAGCUCGGUGAAGGUCCGUAUGCUGGCUUCACUCAGAUCUCUACCAACCUUGGAGCCCGACCCCAGUACAAAGAAGCAAAUAUUGCAAAUUACGCUGGGUUGGUAGACUACCAAGACCUGUUCUUAGCAGGCAUUGGCCGAUACUUCCGCUACACUGGAGACUGUGACGGGCUAAAACCUCACUGGGAUCAGAUUAAGAGACUUGCCACUGCGAGACUGGCUUUCAUCGAUCCCACAUCUGGUCUCAUUGGAGGUUCUCCAGAGGUGCCAUACCCAUUCAGCUUCCUCGGGCCAGCCAACGGUAGUGCAACGACUGGCCUCUUUGCUUAUAUGCUAGAGGAGAUUGCGCCAGUUGCACUUGCGAUCGGAGACGAAGAGGCUUCGACAUAUUACUCCCAAACGGCAAGCAGAUUGCGCAAGGCCCUCAAUCAUGAGCUAUGGAACGAUCAGCUCGGAACAUACUCACUCUCGACCACCGACCGAGGCAACUUCUCUUUGACUGGUAUCGCCUGGGCGAUCCUAUCUGGUGCAGCCAACGAUACCCAAGCAGCAUCCUCCAUUGCCAAGCUUGAGGAACUUCGUUUCGCAGUAGGCUACAAAACCACCUCGAGUGACUUGGAGACAGACGACUACCAGCUUGCUCCCAAUCCAUCAGGAUUCCUGUUGGAAGCGCUGUUCAAGUCAAGGCGUGACUUCGGAGUAAACAGCACAUCUGCCAUCAAGCACCUACUCGACAACCUGUGGGGUAGCAUGGUCAGCCAGGACAAGUUCUACUCUGGCGCGAGUUGGGAAUACGUAAAGCCUGAUGGUUCUCCUGGUAUUGAUCUUUUUACCAGCUUGGCACAUCCAUGGGGUGCAGCUCCAACGUAUGUACUGCCAGAGUACCUUCUUGGCGUCAUUACAAACUCUCCCGGGUACGGAACGGUUGUUAUCACUCCCAUGAUAGGGUUCUUGAACCUGUCUGAAGUCAACGGGACGGUACCGACGCCCAAUGGGCCGAUCAAGGUGGCGUGGGCGUUGAGCGGCACGAACGUUGCUUUCACGGUUGUUGUACCGACUGGUACGACGGCUGCGCUACAGUUGCCAGCUGGCGCGACUGUGAUUGGCAGGAGCUUGCGCAACGGAAAGCUUGAUCUGUCUUGUGGAAUGACGGAAUUGAGAAUAGAUACAAAAGUAUAA